AUGGAAGGGAAGGUGUUCUUGUGCAAAUACUUGAUAUGGGUGAUGUUACUGUUGGAUCAGCUACGUGGAUACAAAAGCUGUGUUGAGAAAGAAAGGGAAGCUUUGUUGGAGCUCAAGAACUACAUAGCUUCUAUUACUAAAGAAUAUCCUGAGUCUGCUCUGUUUGCUUGGACCAAUGACACAACGAGCGAUUGCUGCCUGUGGGAGGAAAUUAAGUGCAACCGUACAAGCGGACGUGUGACCGAGAUUGCCUUUGGUACACUGGACCUCAAAGAGAAUUCUCUCCUAAAUCUUUCUUUGUUUCAUCCCUUCGAAAAUAUUCGAAGUCUGAACUUAUCCAAGUCUAGAUUCAGUUACUUGUACCCGAUUGAGGAGAGAGGAUUCCAUGAAGAGGAAAACAACCAAUUCCAUGGCUUCUUCGAUGAUGUUGAAGGUUAUAAAAGCUUAAGGAGGUUAAGAAACCUGGAAAUUCUAGAUCUCUCUUCAAAUAAAUUCAACAAUAGUAUAUUUCCUUUUCUUAAUGCGGCUACAUCACUCACAACUCUUUUUCUCCGGGAUAACUACAUGGAUGGCCCUUUUCCUGCUAAAGAACUUAGAGAUUUGAAAAACUUGGAACUUUUGGACCUGAGUAGAAACAGAUUCAAUGGCACGAUACCAACACAAGGUUCUUGGAAGCCAAAGUUUCAGCUGAAUGCUAUUGUACUACAAUCUUGCAACUUGGACAAGAUUCCUCAGUUUCUCCUACAACAGAAACAUCUGCGCCUAGUUGAUCUCUCCGACAAUAACAUUACUGGAAAUUUUCCAACUUGGUUGUUGGAAAACAAUACAGAACUCAAAGUUUUGCGUCUACAGAAUAAUACUCUCACGAGCUUCCAGCUACCAGAAUCUACUCAUGACCUGGCAUUCCUUGACGUGUCAAGUAAUGAAUUCAACCAUCUUUUUCCUGAGCACAUUGGGUGGAUACUUCCUCAGUUAAUGUCUAUGAACAUAUCGAGCAACGGUUUUCAAGGAAAUCUGCCGUCUUCUCUGAAAAAUAUGACAGAGAUUACAUAUCUUGAUCUAUCUUACAACAGUUUCCAAGGGAAGAUACCAAAAGGGUUUUUGAAAGAUAGCGUGGAAGUUCUGAAGUUGUCACACAACAAACUAAGUGGAGAGGUUAUUCUUUUCCAAGAAGAAUACUACUUUUACAGUAUAUCACAACUGUUACUGGAUAACAAUCAGUUUACAGGAAAGAUUGGCCAAGGUUUUCGGAGGUUGCAAUACUUGUCAGUGCUUGACAUUACCAACAACAGUCUCUCAGGUGUGAUUCCAGUUUGGAUCGGCGAACUUCCAAUGUUAGCGUUACUGCUUUCAAACAACUCAUUGGAAGGUGAAAUACCUAGUUCCUUGUUCAACACGUCAACUCUUAAUGUAUUGGACCUCUCUGCAAACAGGUUAUCUGGAGAGAUACCUCCACACGUCAAAUCCUCAAAGCCGUUAGUGUUACUCCUGCAAGAUAAUGACCUCUCAGGGGUUAUUCCUGACACAUUGCUAAUGAAUGUCUCUGUUCUUGAUUUGAGAAACAACAGAUUGUCUGGGAACAUUCCCAAGUUCGUUGACACUAAAAGCAUUAGUAUUCUUCUUCUACGGGGAAACAAUUUAUCUGGUUCUAUACCUCACCAGUUGUGUGGCCUAAGCAACAUCCACCUUCUUGAUCUUGCCAAGAACAGACUGAGUGGAUCUAUACCUUCAUGUCUUAGCAAUACAUCACUUGGUUUGGGAAAAGAUGAUGCAUUUUAUUAUUUUGAUCUCGAUUUCAGUGAAAGUUCUAAUAGUUUCGAGCUUGGCUAUGCUCUGGAGCAGGAUUCCACUUUCACAAAAACUGUUGGUAGAAAUUUCAAAUCUCUUCUUGUGCUUGACCCGUUUAUUGGAAGCUUCAUGGAAAAAGCCACCCGGACGAAGAUUGAGUUUGCAACAAAACACCGAUAUGAUGCUUAUAUGGGUGAUAAUCUCGGAUUGUUGUUUGGAAUGGAUCUCUCGGAGAAUUAUCUGAGCGGUGAGAUCCCAUUUGAGCUUGGAGAGCUUCUGAAACUACAUUCUCUCAAUCUUUCUCACAACAGAUUAUCAGGAGUGAUACCAGAGAGCUUUUCAGGUCUCAAGAAUGUGGAAAGCCUUGAUCUGUCCUUCAACGGUCUACAAGGUCGGAUCCCAUCACGACUUGCAGAGAUGAGCAACCUAGCUAUCUUCAAUGUCUCGUUCAACAACUUAUCAGGAGUCAUUCCACAGGGAAAGCAGUUUAACACGUUUGAUACGCAAAGCUACUUAGGUAAUCCUCUUCUUUGUGGAGAACCAACAAAAAUAAGCUGCAAUGAUCAUAGCUUUCAUGAACAAGACAAUGAUGGAGUGGAAGCUGAUGAAAGCACAGUUGACAUGGUUUCUUUCUACUGGAGUGCUGCUGCAGCCUAUGUGACAAUACUUGUUGGUUUAUUUGCAUCUCUCUCUUUUGAUUCUCCUUGGAGCAGAUUUUGGUUUUACAUGGUUGACGUUUUCAUCCACAAGGUGAGGAGAUUGUUGUGUUAA